AUGAAUAUAGGCACACGAGAUUAUUUAGUGGCUCUUUUUAAUAGACCUAGUCUCUUAUAUAUACCCCCUUCUUUACGCUCUUCUACAAUUAAUGAACAGACCGUUGCUAAAUCACCUAACUAUCAGUCACCAACUGUUUCUCAUUCUAGCCAUAGACGAAGCCCGAGAAAUAUUUCAGCAGGAAUCGAAAAUAUUAAUGAAACAACUGGUCCAGAACGUAUUCCUAGUCGACAAGCAGUCGUAGAAGAUAAUAAUAACGCAGCAACGAAAAGAGAUCAAAGAAGGAAUGAUAAGGUGAUGCAAGAAAAUCAUGGGCGUAAAAAUCAAGAGUUAGUACAGAUAGAAUCUAACGAAGUUGCCGCUAGCUCUGAUAAAGAGAAUGCUAAGCCCGAUCCGAUCGUCUUUGCUAACCGUAGAAUUAUGAAACGAUAUAACGCGUUCUUUUCAGAAAAAGUUCUUCAAGAACGCCGGUCAAAUGAAGGAAAUUGCAUUACCUGUUACAAACCUUUGAAAGAUGAAGAUCGCUAUCAUUUCUUGUUUGUGCAAAAAGGUUUUUUCCACAACCUUCACAAGGACUGCUACGAGCAAUGGAAGGAAUCAAAAUGUGUUGAAAGAAUUAAACAGGAAAGGUAA